GGGGGGGGGUGGGAGGAAGAACCUGUUUUUAUCAAAUUCUUAAAAAACAUAAUUCGCCUGCAUUCAAAUCAAACCCCUUGGGUCCGAGUUGAUGGUGAAUCUUCUCUCCCCUCCCCCCACAAUCCCCUUCCCUUCCUCUGCUGCCCCCCCAAAAUUCCCGUUUCAUAUCCGACAUAAAGGCCUCUGAGGUAUUCUCCCGGGGGAAGAAAUGGCAUUUUCUCUCCCCCUUUCACUCCCCCCCUCAAUAGGACUUGUGUGUCGGCAGAGGCGUCUGCCGAGGGGCUAAUUUCGCGUUCCUUGUUUACGAUCGAGAAAAGCGCUUGGCUCUCCCCAAAUGGGCCCAGCCCGCCGCCUGCUCAGGCUGCCGCGCGCUCUCCCGCCGCUCCAGCGCGGCCCUGGGGCUGAUGCCCCGGGUACCAGGCCGCGGCCGCGAGACCCCGUGUCUGUGGGACCUGAGAAGGGCAAGGGGAGUGCGGUGGGCCAGUGGAGGGGCCCUGGAGGCCUGAAAAUGGGAGCCUUUCUCCUGGCGUAAUGUGGGAACCGCCGACCGGUGAGGCCUCUAUUUCUCUCUUUCGCCUGUAUUUUGUCUGCCCCCGCUGUCUGCGCCCCCCCACCCGCCCCGCCGCCGCCGAAGGCCGCACUGACUGUGGGGGGGGGGCGCGAGUCUCCUUUGUUUGCCCCCCCCCCGAGGAAAACAGUUUCCGGGGAAGGCCACUCAGGACAGUGGGGAUUCACCUGGGAUAUUAGAGGGGCCCCCUCCCUUCGGAGGGUUGGGCCUGGGGUAAGGCUGGGGUAUUUAUCUCGGCCUACAGGGAUCUAAACAGAUGUGCUGCUGGCGAAAUUUCAGGGUGCUGGGUUCAUGGGUGACGGGUUACCGGCUGCAUCUGAGGUGUCCUUAUAUAAUAUUUUUAUCAAUUGAUUUUCUGUCCCUUCCUGGCUAGGGUCCUGCAGGCCCCCACGUCCUUCACCCCCUAGAUCCUCCUCAUGAGACAGAGGGAUGCAGAGAAAGCAUAGCAGCAGUGACUGAUCCUGGUUUUCCAGUUUUCUAGUCUGGCCAGGGGAUAAAUCCAGCCCCAAACGCCAGCCCCUUCCUUCCCUCCUUACUUUCGAUUUUCUUUCCCUUCUUUCUCUCCCUCCUGGUGCUCAAACAGAAGCACAAGAGGGGCCACCAGUGGCAACCCCCAGCAUCCUUGCAGGCCAGAUUCCCUGUAAACGCGGUCCUUAGUGCAGGAAAGCACUGGUGUGAUUAUCUAAUAAUAGCCAGGGCGGCUGAGACUAGAAUCUGGCUCAAGGACUCUGCACACGCCCAGGACGCCCAGGAGGAAGGCUGGGCAGAGGCACUGAAUCUGUGGGUCAGGUUCUGGCAACACUCCCUGGAGCCCAGGGCCCCUAGCGUUCCCCUCUUUGGGCACCUCAGGCCUGCCCCUUCUAGGCUUUGUCAGCCCUGCCAUGGACUGUAUUUCAUGCACCAGUUCCUAGCUAAGGAGAAAUGGGCAGAGCAAACCCUUUCUCCCCCUGGGUCUGACAGUUGUGAUCCCCACGAAGAAUGCACCCUUGUUUGGAGAAGGCGGCCUUUUUGGGUUGGCUGUUGUGUUGCAAAAACCAGGCUUGGUAGCUUUAUACACUUAUUAUAUACAGGCUCAAAUGUACAGACUCUGACUUAUGCGUGAAUAUAUACAGACUCAUGUUUCCUCGGUGGUUAAUUGUAUAUUACCAUGCUUAUACUCGCUCAAACACCGUUUUAUGUGCAUGCAAAAUUUUGUUAGAUGGGAUUGGGCUCAAGGAGGCACUGGGUGCACCAAGAAGGCUCUCUGGGCAUGCUCUCCUGGAAAUGUGUGCACGCUGGAAUCGGAGUAUGCGGGUUCCAGUAACCAACGGAUGCCACAAAGGCUCUCUCAGACCUUAUUGCCUUCACAGUCCAAGCAGCUGGGCCAGGGAAAUAUUGAAUCCCUUCGGCUUUCUCUCCACACUUCCCCCCCAAACUUCCCCAACUCAGAGGCUGUUUACCAGGGGAACACUGUUGUGUUGAAAGUGAGAGUUUUGUGGGAAGCUCUUUUCGUGUUUUCGUGGGUAAAGUGGACGUUUGAGCAGUUCUGAGCACUCGGCUAGGCCCUGGUGCCUGAGCAUUGCUGGGACAGCAAAGGAGAUCUGAGUGGCUAGUUAAUAAGGUGGCCUCUGGGAAGUAGUCUGGGGCAGCUGUUUGAAAAGGCUGGUGGAGAAGGCGAGACAGAAUGGGUUAGGGGUGCGGUGAACAUCUAUCCCCGCUCUUACCCCUGCUCACCGGACCCCAGAUUUGCCUGCGUUGUCUGGGGGGCAGAUUAGGGGCUCUCUACGCUUCCCAAAUAGGCAGAUCUGGUUACGGGUGAGAUUUCGUUUUAAUUCUCUCAGCUACCGACUGAAGCGGGGCAAAGGCUGACCGGCAGAGCCGGAAAAGAAACUGGGUCUAGCUGCCUGUGGGCCUGGGGCACUGAGUGUGGCCCGGGGCUGGGAAUUAACAGCCUCCUUUCUUAGCCUUCCUCCCUUUUGGGGCCCCGAAAAGACAGAGCAGGGGAGAAUAUAAAUGUCCGUGAAAAGCUCAUGAAAGAAAGUAAGAACAGGAAAGGGGCUAGUGGGGCUUUCCUCCACUCCCUAGGCAAUCAGGUUCCUCCCAAGACUCCUGUCCAGACACGCUGCGGGUGCCGGGUGCCAAGACAUGCAGCCUUCUUCCACCUUCUCCUGCCAGCGCUGGGGGCAGCCUUGGGCUUUUGGACCUCGGCCACCCGUGGGUGCUGGAGUGACAUGACCCCCAAAUCGUGCCCCUUACGCAGCCCCCCUGCCUCUGCCGCUGUGGCUGCAGCCGCCCCUGUUUAUUGUGUCUGUGAGUUGUUUACUUGUUUUGUCUGCUGCCACCCUGCGUCAGAAACCCGCCAAACCAGCAAACUCACCCAGGAGAACAAAGUGCGGCGCUAUCCUCUGCUCCCUCCCCUUUCCGGCACCCUGCUCCGGCCAUUACCUCCUCCCUCACUCUCUCUCUCUCUUUCCCAGGGGACUAAGCAGAAAUCGGCCUAAAAUAGGGCAGCUGUUUAUAGGGUUGGGGGAAUUAUGGGGACACCAUAAACCUCCGGGUGUCCUGGUGGUGGAGAGACUUAGAACUGCCCUCCCCUCACCUCCGGCUUUUCUUCUUUCCCCUUGGCAACUGCUUGGUUAAGGGGGCCACAGUCAUUGAGGAAGCCGAGCCCCCCUUACCCCACUCCUCCACUCCUUUCUGCAGGAGUGUUCCCUGAGACACAGGUUGUUGGGUUUUAAAUCAGGGUAAUGUUGGUGGAUGCAUAAAACUAGAUAAAAUGUUGUCACUCUCCCCUCACCCUCCCUUCUCCUCAGCCCCCCAAAAUAGCAGUGAAUUUAAGCAAAUCCUACAAAAUUAAAUUGCCCCUUCGCUAAAGAUCCUAUAAAUCUCCAAUCCCGCCAGGUAUAGAGUCGGAGAGGCCGCUGUUUGCCUCUAAUCUUGCUCCUGGCUAUCAAAUCUAAAAGAGUAUCAUCGAAGUAAGUAAUAUUCUCAUUUCUGAAAUUAAUUCCCCCCAUCUCUCUCUCUCUUUUCGCCAGUGCAGAUUAAAUGGUUCUCUCAGAUCUGCAAACAAUAAAGGAUAAAAUUAUUUAUAGGGAAAUGAGGACGAUGUUUCAUUGUUGGCUUAUUGUUCCAGAACAUAAUAACAUUUUAUUUUCAACUGGGAGAACUUACGCCAGGGGAAAAGGGAAAAGGAAAAAAAAAAAAAAAGGCAGGGCACACCCCCCCACACACAAAACUCCUACUGUAUAUAACUUAUAUGACAUUUACAAUUUCCUCAUGACAACUCACUGUGACGUCAUAAAUGCCAUGCUCCUGAAUUUUACAAUGCUCAUAAACCAACAAAGUGGGUCCAGUCAGUGCUUAGUGGGGAGGGGAUAUGCGAAGCCAGGAAUUUGAGGAUCCUUUGGCCUCAUUCUGGGGGCGAAAAAUAUUCUUAAUAUUCUAGAUUCUCAUUCUUCCUCCUGGGCCAACCAGGGCCACUUGUUUUUCCGCCCUGAAAUGUCACUCAGCAUCUGAGUUCCCUCCCCAUGCCCAGCGGGGAUGAGAUACUGUGUCCAAAGGCCCUUUCCUCAGCUGGUAUUCAGCUGCUUGGGACAGAUGUGGGACGCUUGGGGGCCAGGCCCCCAAAAGCCAGAAAUGAUUUCUUCCAAAGGGAGCCCAAAGGGGCUCAGGGCUGAGUGGGAUGGGACAGAGAUGCUUGGGAUCUAUUUUCCUUUUUAACCUUCAGUUAGUGAAGUGAAUUGAGAAGCUAAACAAAUGGCAUUGUGGGAGCUUGUGUCGGCCUAGUGGAGUGGUGGUAAAGAAAGGUCAGUAAGAAAUCUGGAAAGAGAGAGGGAGGAGAGAAAAUAGGACGUGAGUUAGCAGAGCCUCUGCAUGUACCUUUCUUCUCUGCUUAAUUGCAAAUAAAGCAAAAGCAGCUUGGGCAGCCUCUCAGCCUCUUAGCUCAAAAGAGGAACUGCCAGCCCAGGCCUCAGAGGUGUUUGGGGCAGUUCUCAGGCACUUGACAUGCCCCAUCUGGCCUCUUCCUCCUUCUCCCCUCCCUGCUGACCCCCAACUCCAUUCAGCUGGCCAGCCUGGGCCCUGUCCCCAGAAUAUCAGCACCCCCAAAUGGGAUCCAUUUCCGGGUUGGAUGUGUCAAAUUUCGCUUUUCUCCAAGUGUCUCCGUGCCUGAACUUUGAAAGGAGGAGGAACGUUCUGUUUUGGAAUGCAGUGUGUGCAUGGGGAGGCAUGCGCUCAGACAACUUCCCCGGAGCAUAUCUGGCAGAAACUGGAGGCUCCUUGGGUGAGCUAUGCUUUGGUGUCCCCAAGCCGACCCGGUCUGCCGCAUUCAGGUUCUCUGUCGGACUUGGAGACUCUCUUUUUGCAAUCCUUUUACUCCGGAUUCUGUGGAGAUCAAAGGAACUUAUACGCAAAACACUAGACAUUUGGAGUAGGAUUUAUUUUUCAAUUUUUCAAUUGAAAGAAUUCUAAUCAUAAGCCAGUCGGGCCAACUGAGCAACCACUCUAGAACAGCAAAGCCUUAACCAAACAGUGCAAUUGUAAGGUGAGCUGAACAAUUAUUGAAACUGGGGUUUCUCUGCAAGAGGGAUUUCGGCCCUUGCCCAGUGGCACAGAAGGGGCUGGUGGGGCAACCGCUCUUCCCCUGCUCUCAGAAUUGAGAAUUGGCAGGGGUGGGUCCGGCAGCUGCAGAGGCUUCCGGGCAGCCAAGCGCCCAGGCCGAGCGCUGAGUCCUGGCGGCCCCGGUGUCCAGGUCGUUGAGCAGCCUCCGGAGGCGCGAGCUAUAGUUGUGGCGCGCGGGCAGCCCGAAAGGGAGUGUGUGUAUCUGUGUGCGAGGCUGGGUGAGUCACAGACAUCUGCGCAGAAGUGGGGGAUCUAGGGAGAGAGAGAAGACUGGCAGAACACAAACUAACCGGGACCUCUGGAAAAGACUGUCCAGCAAAAAUUCCAGACCUCAUCCCUCUCACUUCAGAUCCCCUUCCCCAAGAAAUUAAUAUAUUUCCCAGAGCAGAGUGGAAAGCAAAGGCAGGCAAGAUGAGGCCUGCCCACGAACCCCUUCCCAGCCAGAGUCCAGUCACACCUAUCCUCUCCCCAGUUCAGAGCUGCCCCGGGCCUCCAGCCCCUGGCCUGGAGCAGGUUCAGGCUGGGGUAGGAGCGCUUGACUCGUUCUGAGAAACCUUCAAGUGCCCAGCCUCCAGAGCACCCCAUAGCCUUGGGGACUCCAGGCCAGUGACUGCCCCCCAUGCAGGCCCAUGGCGCCUGCAGAAGGUCCCUCUCCUAUAAUUAGCGCUCAUGAAAAGCAUGUGUUUUGGGCUGGGGAGAUAGGGGGACUGGAGCAGCGAGCGGCAACGCUCCCCCUUUAUUCCUGUACUGUGUUUUUUGAAUUCUGUUUCGAAUCCACUAAUUACAGCUCCGAAAGUGAAAAUCUGUUUUCGCCGCCAAACCCCCUCGGAAUGCCUGAUUCCGGAGGCCCAAGGGGCAGAGCAACUCGGAGACCUGCGGGCCUGAUGGGGGUGUUCUCUGAUUGCUCUAGGCUUGUUUUAUAGAAACAAAGAACAAGUCCCCCCCCCCAACCCCUCCCAGGACUUGUGCAUAUUUACAGAGCUCAACUGCAGUUUUAAUAAAACAUCUGUUCUUGCUUCUGCUGAUGAGUUUCCAUAAUUGUUUUCAGACAAAUUUAACAGGAAAAUAUAAAUAUAUUUAGAAAAACCCAAGUCCCAGCUAUCCCCCCAUAGACAGUCAUUCUUUUGCCAAAAAAAUAAAAUUAACGUAAGAUGAGAAAAGGAAAAUAUAAUCCAAUGGAGGGAAAAUCGGGCUCAUCUGACCUGCUCUCCCCCCUUGGAGCGAAUCCUUCCAGCAAAUUUCAGCUGCAUAAUUAAAGAUCCAACUGAAAGAAGGAGGCUUCUUUUCUCAGGAAUGGAAGGUGAUGGGGGAGAGUAUGUUGGAAAUUAAUUUGGCUGAAAAUCUUUAAGCAGUGGGGAAAUUUAUUUGUAUUUCUGCUUCCCCUCCUCUCCCCCUUCUAGCAUUUCUGCCUUUUUCCCCCAGCAGCUGGUUUCUGUUCAUUAUAAAUCGGCGAGACCUUUCAGUCUCUGCCCUCUGUUUAGGGACGUAAUAAAACACUUAACUUUCCGGGGCUGAGACUUACAUUCUGCUCCUCAGGUCGCCCACCCCCGCGCCCACUGCUUUUAGGCCCCAAAUGAGACUAUCCCCAACUUUGGGGCCCCUUUCCCCUCCAGACUUUGUUUAGGAGGGGCUCAAGGAAAGCCAGGCAUCCUUGCUGGGGAGCUGCACCACAUGCUUCCCUAGAAGUCCCUUCUUUCUUCCAAGGUCCUUCCUUCCCCCACUCCCCCACCCACCCACCCAUAAAAGAGAUUUAAAAAUACAUAGAAAAUCAACACUCAUUGAAAACGAAACCUCAUUAAGACAUCCUAUCUUCCAUCAUUCAAUUUGUUGUACAUUGCAACAAUUUAAUAUCUUGAAGGAAAUAUCACUGACAUGAUUUAUCCCUCUAGCAAUCUCUCUCUGAAAUGGGGUGGGGGGGCGGGGAGGAGGGAACUUAUUCUCUCUUCCGGCCUGUUCUAUGUGUUACACUGUUACCCUCAGGGCAGAAAUGAGGCUGGGAACUCUGGCAGCAGCUACUUGUGUCCAGGGGUGCGCUGACUUGUUUCUUAGCUCAGCCCUCUGGGUCUUCGCGCCCCCCCCCCCCCAGUUCUUUCUCACUCUACCUCUUUGCCCUCCAGGGGGCCUGGAGCCCCAGCCAGCUGUUGAAAACCUCUGUCCAGGCAUGCCAUGAAUUUGAGGACAGCUGGAUUCUAGAGCAAAAAUCAAGUCACGCUGGUGUCUGUGUUUAUGUACCUGCCAUGUCACCCCCAAAUGAGACAACUCCUCUCAGAAUUUCCCUCUUAAAUUGGAACCCUCCUCAGUCUUUCACUUUUAUCUCGCUGGGUAGAAGAAAGUAUGGUCCACAAGGGGGAACCUUUAUAAUAUGGGGGUCUUUCCCUUAACCCUUUUAAAUAUCAGCAAAUUUCCCUCCUUUCUGAAGGUUUGGGGCUGUAUUUUUAAGAGCCAACACAAACUGUCAGACAGGGAGACUCCUCAAUCCCCUAACGAGGUUCAUGUAUUAACUAACAUGUUGUCUCCACCAGCUCCUACACACUGUCUGCUUUUGGGUUCGAAACUUUAUUUUUCCCCCCUAGCGACACUCCAGGGAAACCUUAACGUUACAGAAGAUGAAUAAACGAGUUUUUUCCCAGCGUAGUCCCGUUUAUGGCUUUAUUGCUACCCAUUGAUUACUCCGCUUUGUUACACAGAAGGAAAAGAUCAUAAAAUCCGGCGACAUCCGGGUUCUUGUUAUAGCCCCCCCCCCAAAAUGGUGAAGAGAAAAAUAUGAGCUUCCACUGCUUCCUUCGCUAGCCCCACCGCCCCCUCUUUGUCAACUCAAAGCAUUUUCAGUCUAUGUCACGAUAUCAAAUUAAGUUUGGAUUAAUCAGGAGAAAACCCACAUCUGCACACCUUCCGCUGUUUCAGUUCGCCCACUGCGGCUCCCUCAGAAGCCUCGUACUCAGCUGCCUUUUUCCUAACCUUCCCUUCCUUUUUCUCGGCCCCAAGGUGGAAAGAAAAUGGGGGUGGGGGCUGCUGAGAGGCCCGGCUCUACCAGGUGUGGCUGGCCCUUGAGGGAGCUCCCCAGGAGCCCUUUGCUGGAAUCUCCCAAGCCCCCAGGGCUCAGGUCCAGGGGUGCCUCCCUUGGCAGGGGCAAGGGGCUUCUGACCUGUGUAGGGGCUCGAGCCUGCCAGAUGCUAACUGUCCUUCAGAGCCCCACCAGCCUUGUCUCUCUGCCUGGAUCUUAUGUGAAUUACCCCACCGGCCCUCCCUGGCUCCAAAUCAUAAAUUCUCACCAACAUAAACAGGAGUUGAUGUGUCUAGAAAGAUUCUCAGAGUUCUUUCUUCUUCCUUAUUUUCCUUUCUCUCUCCCACCUUUUACUCCUUUCUCUCUUUUUCUAUUGUAUUUUCAUACAUUUUCCCCUUUUCUACCAAAAUGCUGCAGCAGCUUCCCCCCAAAAAGGGGGUUCUGAGAGGCAGAAGGAGGCUAAAAGGAAGAGGAAGCGGAUGCAUGGCCCUUUUGCCCACUUUAGCUCGCCACUGUACCCUGAAGUCUCAUCCUUACCCCCUUUAGACUUACUUACUCCAUACAUCCCCCUUACACCUAAGCCUACCAGCCACACUCUCCUUCCUCUGAGCGCCACGUUUUAUGCAGUUUCUUUCUACUUUUGAUUUUUUUUUUUUUAAUUACUGGGGUGGGGGAAUCCUGGCUUAGUGAUGAGGACUCACUCCAUGGAGGGUCAAACCAGGAUUUCCUGCAGGAUUUCUGGGGAUUCCCCCCCUGAGCUGGGAAGGGGCUCUUCCCAUGGAGAAAUCAGGGUGUAGUUUUAGAAGGGGGAAGAUAUAAACGAUGAAAUCGGAUCGAAAAUAGAGGGAUUUCUCCAGCCCUGGCUCUAGCCACAGCACAGUAAAGUUAGCUGGAGCUUAGAGAUUUCCUAGCAGUGUAGCCCCUCUUUCCUGGGCCCCAAGGCCCUGCUAAUGCAUAUUCACCCUUCUCUCACCUCCAAAUCAGUUCCCUAACAUAUAUAUUUUUAAAAGAAAUCCAAGUCUUACUUUCAAAGCACACACUUAGUCUCAACUAGGGAAUCAACAGAAGCAGAAGCGAUUUUUUUCCCCCUUCUUGACAUCUGGCUUGCGAUUGGCUGGAAGGGGGUCAGCUGACUUUGUCAUUUUGUCUGUCCUGGAUUGGAGCCGUCCCUAUAACCAUCUAGUUCCGAGUACAAACUGGAGACAGAAAUAAAUAUUAAAGAAAUCAUAGCCCGACCAGGUAAAGGCAAAGGGAUGAAUUCCUACUUCACUAACCCUUCCUUAUCCUGCCACCUCGCCGGGGGCCAGGACGUCCUCCCCAACGUCGCCCUCAAUUCCACCGCCUAUGAUCCAGUGAGGCAUUUCUCGACCUAUGGAGCAGCCGUUGCCCAGAACCGGAUCUACUCGACUCCCUUUUAUUCGCCACAGGAGAAUGUCGUGUUCAGUUCCAGCCGGGGGCCGUAUGACUAUGGAUCUAAUUCCUUUUACCAGGAGAAAGACAUGCUCUCAAACUGCAGACAAAACACCUUAGGACAUAACACACAGACCUCAAUCGCUCAGGAUUUUAGUUCUGAGCAGGGCAGGACUGCGCCCCAGGACCAGAAAGCCAGUAUCCAGAUUUACCCCUGGAUGCAGCGAAUGAAUUCGCACAGUGGGGUUGGCUAUGGAGCGGACCGGAGGCGCGGUCGCCAGAUCUACUCGCGGUACCAGACCCUGGAACUGGAGAAGGAAUUUCACUUCAAUCGCUACCUAACGCGGCGCCGGCGCAUCGAGAUCGCCAACGCGCUCUGCCUGACCGAGCGACAGAUCAAAAUCUGGUUCCAGAACCGCCGGAUGAAGUGGAAAAAAGAAUCUAAUCUCACGUCCACGCUCUCAGGGGGCGGCGGAGGGGCCGCGGCCGACAGCCUGGGCGGAAAAGAGGAAAAGCGGGAAGAGACAGAGGAGGAGAAGCAGAAAGAGUGACCAGAACUGUCCCUGCCACCCCUCUCUCUCCUUCUCCCUUGCUCCCCCCCAAUUCCCUCCUAAUCACACCCUCUAUAUUUAUCACUGGCACAAUUGAUGCGUUUUGACUCCCUAAAACAAAAUUAGGGAGUCAAAUAUGGACCUGAAAGUCAACUCUGGACCCCUCCCUCACCGCACAAACUCUCUUUCACCACGCGCCUCCUCCUCCUGCUCCCUCGCUAGCUCCUUUCUCGGCUCCUCUGCAGGCCCCUUCCCCCGCCCAGGCCUUGGGGGCUCCGUCCCUGAACCUCGCUUCAGCUCCACAGAUCUCCUUCCAAAUGAGGACUUGGCCUCCCACCCCCUCGGCGCCCCCACCCCCGCCCCUGCGCGGAGAGCUGGCUCCCGGGCCGGGGCCUCCGCUCCGGGGCCUCAGGGCCCGGCCUGGCAGCCGGGGAGGGCGGGAGGCCCAAGGAGAGCGCGUCGUGGCCCCACAGCAACCCCCAGGGCCUCCCCGCAGCCCCUGCCCGGCCCCUCUGCCCCAGCAAAUGCCCAGCCCAGGCAAAUUGUAUUUAAAGAACCCUGGGGGUCAUUAUGGCAUAUUACAAACUGUGACCGUUUCUGUGUGAAUAUUUUUAGCUGUAUUUGUGGUCUCUGUAUUUAUAUUUAUGUUUAGCACCGUCCGUGUUUCAAUCCCAUCUUAAAAGGGGGAAAAAAAGAGGGAAAAUUACAAAAAGAGAGAAAAAAAAAGUGAAUGACGUUUGUUUAGCCAGUAGGAGAAAACAAAAUAAAUUUUAAAAAAUCCCCCUCGUGUUACCCUCCUGUAUAAAUCCGAUCUCUGGAUCCGUUCUCGAAUAUUUAAUAAACUGAUAUUAUUUUUAAAAGUUUA